AUGCCGCUCCGCGUUGUUUGCAGUCAGGUGCAGAUUCCCGCUGUGCUUGCAGACCAAGCCAAGGACAUUCUCCAACGGUUUGCUCCAGUGUUCCAAGACGGUCUGGGUCGUUGCACAUACACUCAAGCUGUGCUACAUCUGUCUCCUGGAAGUCAACCAGUCUUCAGUCCAAAGCGACCAGUCCCAUAUGCAGCUCUACCACUUGCCGAGGCUGAACUGAAGCGUCUAGAGGAAUUGGGAGUUCUGGUUCCUGUAUCCUACUCCGCCUGGGCCGCUCCAAUCGUUGUGGUUAAGAAGCCCAAUGGCUCGAUUCGCAUUUGUGCUGACUUCUCCACCGGUCUCAAUGCCGCACUGACGCCGAACUGCUAUCCAUUACCGGUUCUGACUGAUCUUUUCACCCUGCUGAAUGGUAGCACUUGCUUUGCCAAGUUGGAUCUCGCUGACGCGUAUCUGCAGAACGAGGUCGCCCCAGAGUCGCGCGAAUUGUUGACCAUCACUACCCACCGCGGUCUGUUCCAAUACACCAGGCUGCCGUUUAGUGUCAAGACCGCCCCGGCCCUAUUCCAACAAACGAUGAACGCAAUGCUCUCCGGCAUCCCUGGCACAGCUGGGUACCUGGACGACAUCAUCAUCGUGGGUCGCUCCCCUGCCGAGCUGCAAGACCGAGUGUGCGCAGUACUCGAACGCGUGCAGGAAUAUGGCUUUCGCCUACGAGCCGACAAGUGCCAAUUCUUCCUUGACUCCAUCAAGUACCUUGGAUUCGUUUUUGACGUCACUGGUCGCCAUCCAGAUCCUAAAAACAUUCGGGCCAUCCAACGGAUGCCUGCACCCAAGAAUGUAUCGCAACUUCGUUCGUUCCUUGGCCUGAUCAGUUACUAUAGCGCCUUCCUACCAUCGCUGCAUGACGUACGGGCCCCGCUCAACCGUCUGUUGCAGAAGGAUGCUCCUUGGUGCUGGUCCCCCGACUGUGAAAAGGCCUUCGCCCAGCUAAAGUCGAUGCUGAGUUCAGAUCUGCUGCUCACGCACUACGACCCGACGCUGCCGAUCGUUGUUGCUGCAGAUGUUUCCAACCACGGAGUUGGUGCCGUCAUCUCACAUACUUUUCCUGAUGGGCCUGAAAAGGCGAUCAUGCAUGCAUCUCGCACUCUAACCCCUGCGGAGAAGAACUAUGGGCAAAUAAAGAAAGAAGCUCUAGCCCUCGUGUUUGCCGUCAAGAAAUUUCACAAACUGUUGUACGGUCGCCACUUCACGUUGUUGACGGAUCACAAACCAUUGCUGUCAAUCUUCGGUUCGAAGAAGGGCAUUCCCGUCUACUCAGCCAGCCGACUUCAGCGAUGGGCAACCAUCCUUCUUGGCUACGAUUUCGAAAUUCGCUACUGUCGUACUACAGACUUUGGUCAGGCUGACGCCCUUUCUCGCCUCAUCAGCAAUCAGCAGGAACCAGAGGAAGAUACCGUGAUUGCCGCUAUUUCGAUUGAGGACGAUGUGCGCCGUCAGUUAUCAGACGCCAUACGAGGUAUCCCUGUCACUGCCGCGGACAUCCGCAUGCUACUGAACUGGAUCCUGUCCUCCGUCAGGCCAUCUCCUACGUGCAGACCUGCUGGCCAACCACUGCUCUCGCUGGUAAUCUUCGUCAGCUCUUCCUCUGACGAGCAUCGUUAUCUGUGGUUGACUCCUGCCUCCUGUUUGCGGACCGUGUGGUGA